ACCCAAUCGUCAAAUUUUGGCAUGGUUGAUCUUUGGGACCGAGUGAAAUAAAACCGUUUUGUGAAUUUAUUAUGAAAAUGGAGUGGAAACCUGAAGAAGAAGGACUUCGACAAAUACUUACAUUGCUAAAGGAGUCACAAUCACCAGACACAGCAACUCAAAGAGCCGUACAACAAAAAUUGGAAGAGCUAAACAAGUACCCGGACUUCAACAACUAUCUCAUAUUUGUAUUGACCAAACUUGUCAGUGAAGAGGAGCCAACAAGGUCCCUGAGUGGUUUGAUCUUGAAGAACAAUGUCAAAGCCCAUUAUAACAAUUUCAUGCCAGAGGUGGCGGAGUUCAUCAAGAGAGAAUGCCUAUCGGCUGUGGGCGACCCCUCCCCUCUCAUCCGGGCCACUGUGGGCAUCAUCAUCACCACCAUUGCCAGUAAAGGGGAGCUAACCUCUUGGCCUGAGCUCCUCCCAGCGCUAUGCCAAAUGCUUGAUUCACAGGACUACAAUGUUUGUGAGGGAGCAUUUGGAGCACUCCAGAAAAUUUGUGAAGACACAGCUGAACUUCUGGACAGUGAUGCGUUGAACCGGCCCCUCAAUGUGCUGAUACCAAAAUUCCUACAGUUUUUCCAACAUUCAUCACCAAAAAUCCGGUGUCAUGCGAUAGCUUGUGUCAAUUACUUCAUCAUGGGUAGAACACAAGCUUUGAUGUUACACAUUGAUGCCUUUAUAGAGAACCUAUUUCAUUUAGCUGCGGACGAGGAUCCGGACGUGAGAAAGAAUGUGUGCCACGCCCUGGUGCUGCUGCUGGAGGUGCGGCUAGACCGGCUCAUCCCACAUCUACCCAACAUCAUUGAGUACAUGUUAGUGCGGACACAAGACGCGGAGGAGGGUGUCGCUCUAGAGGCGUGCGAAUUCUGGCUCUCCCUGGCUGAACAAAAUGUGUGCCGUGAGGUGCUAGGCGGGCGCCUGGCGGCCCUACUCCCGGUGUUAGUCCGCGGGAUGCGCUACUCGGAGAUGGACGUGAUCCUGCUGCGCGGCGACCGCGACGACGACGCCGACGACGCCGAGCCGGACCGCGAGUCCGACAUCCGCCCGCGCUUCCACAAGCCGCGCUCGCACACCGUCAAGCAUAAUGCGGGCGCGGGCGACAGCAACAUGUCGGGCGGCGGCGAGAGCGACGACGACGACGACGCGGGCGCGGACGCGGACGACGGCUCGCUGUCCGACUGGAACCUGCGCAAGUGCAGCGCGGCCGCCUUGGAUGUGCUCGCGAAUGUGUUCGGAGCUGAUUUACUGCCGGUCUUGUUCCCGAUACUUAAGGAGACGCUGUUCCAUGAUGACUGGGUUAUUAAGGAGAGCGGCAUCCUAGCCCUGGGCGCAGUAGCAGACGGCUGCAUGGGCGGCAUGGUGCCGCACCUGCCCGACCUCGUUCCCUACCUGGUCGUGUGUCUCGCGGAGAGGAAGGCUCUAGUCAGGGCCAUCACCUGCUGGACCCUGUCCCGCUACUCGCACUGGAUCGUGUCGCAGAGCCAUGACUUGUAUUUGCGGCCGGUUAUGACUGAGCUGCUAAAACGCGUGCUAGACAACAACAAGCGCGUGCAAGAGGCCGCCUGCUCAGCCUUCGCGACACUGGAAGAAGAAGCGUGCACAGAGCUCGUCCCAUACCUCGGCUACAUUCUCCAAACCCUGGUCUUCGCAUUCAGCAAGUACCAACACAAGAACCUGCUCAUCCUGUAUGACGCUAUCGGCACGCUGGCCGACUCGGUUGGGCAUCAUCUCAACAAGCCCGAGUAUAUCAAUCUGCUGAUGCCGCCGCUCAUCAACAAGUGGAAUGUUUUGAAGGAUGAGGACAAAGAUUUGUUCCCGCUUUUAGAGUGUUUGUCGUCGGUGGCCACGGCGCUGCAGUCGGGCUUCCUGCCGUACUGCGAGCCCGUGUUCCGCCGCUGCGUCUCCCUCAUCGAGCAGACCCUCAACCAGAAUAUUGCAAGCUGUCAAAACCCGGAACAGUUCGAGGCUCCAGACAAGGACUUCAUGAUAGUGGCUCUAGACCUGCUGAGCGGACUGGCGGAGGGGCUGGACGGGCACAUCGACGCACUCGUGUCCAACUCCAACCUCAUGCAGCUGCUCUACCAGUGCAUGCAAGACCCGAUGCCCGAGGUAUAUCUUGUGCGUCAGUCGUCGUUCGCUCUGCUCGGUGACCUGACGAAGGCGUGCUUCCAGCACGUGUUGCCGUUUAUUCCUGACUUCCUGCCCAUCCUCGGCAUGAACCUCAACCCCGAGCUCAUCUCCGUCUGCAAUAACGCCACGUGGGCCAUCGGAGAAAUUAGCAUCAAAUUAGGACCCGAGACGUCAAAGUAUAUUCCUCUAGUAUUGAAUCAUUUGGUAGAAAUUAUCAAUAGGCCAAACACGCCUAAAACACUACUUGAAAACACCGCGAUAACUAUCGGUCGGCUAGGUUAUGUGUGCCCGCACGACGUCGCACCCGUUUUACAUCAAUUUGUACGCCAGUGGUGUUCGUCGCUGCGCAACAUCAGAGACAAUGACGAGAAGGAUUCAGCUUUCCGAGGCAUCUGUCAGAUGAUCCAGGUGAACCCGGCCGGCGUGGUGCCUGACUUCAUGUUCUUCUGUGACGCGGUGGCCUCCUGGAGCCACCCUAAGGAUGACCUAAAGGAGAUGUUCACGAAGAUUCUGCACGGGUUUAAGAAUCAGGUGGGCGAGGAGAACUGGCGCCGCUUCACCGACCAGUUCCCGGUGCAGCUGAGCGCGCGCCUCUCCGCCAUGUGCGGGAUAUAGACGACGACUCACAACGGGAAUUAUGGGGAACCAAUGUCGGGAAGACAUUGCGGGGCCGAGCGCGGCCGACCUCGAACUGUGCCAACACAAACACCUCAAUAGAAUAGAGGAGGGUAACAUUACGUUCCGUUCACUUAUACUUCGAACCGUUUCAGUUUCUCCAACAUUUGUACCUGAACGUUUCCACUUUAAAAAAUAGAGUAAAGCGGCGACUUCACUUAAAUCUGCUUUAAAGUGUUUGUUAUUAUUAUAUUGGGUAUAUUGUGUUGCGAGGGCCGUGGGCCCGGCAGUAGACGCACAGUGGCGGGCGCGGGGGCGACGUCACGACCCCAGCUACAUGUGGUUUUAUAUUUGCAUGAAACUUAGUGAUAGUCCAAUAGUGUAGCUCUAAAAGUGAGACCACUCUUGUAUUUUUUGAAAAUAUUUUAGAAGUUUGAUAUUGGCUUGUAAUUUCAGUUGAUAUCACGAAAACGUUCUUGUUUGUCGGUACACCGAACUCACUGAGAAUCCAACUUAAUUAUUAGCAAAUUGUCUUGGUUAUUUUCACGAAAGGAUCGAAAUGUUUGUGUUCUGUUGUAGAGUUAGUAUUACUUCGAAUUCGCCUUAGUCUCAUCUCACAGUUAAGCUGCUUUGAGCAAUGCAUGAUUUGCCUUUCAUAACUAUUCACUUAAUAUUUAACGAGUGUAUUUGUGGAUUACAUCAUAGGCGCAAGCUGGUUGAAUGAAUUUGGCCGUGUAUUGUAUAGGGUUAGAUUGACUGAUGCCAUUCACUGCUCAACAAAAAUAGCACUUGUGUUACCGUAAUUAUUCUUACUAAUGUCUGUGCAAGUAUUAUGUAUAAAUAUAUUUUUAACCAUUAUAAAUUAAAGGUACUAACAAAAUCAUUCGAGCAACAGUUAAAAGAUAUAUAAUAUCUGUAAAUUCUUAUCACUCAUAUUUUUUUAAAGCAUUUAUUUCAGAAACGUUCAUAUAUUUUCCAAAAUUAUACUGUCCCAUUUAUCAGUAGUUAAAAGUUUAUUUAUAUAUUAUAUUUAAAAUUGAUAUGUUAACUAUUAUUUUGAUAUGAAUAAUAACGAGACUUAGUGAAAUCGAGAAUUUAUGUCAACUGUGAUUUGUGACUGGUUUAUUUUGACUAAUAUAUUGUGUAUGAUUAUAUGUCUGUGUCAGUGUAGUUGUUAUAGUAUACUGCUUUGAUACAUUUUAUGACUGCUAGAUUCUGCUAUAUAAUAUACCAAAUAGUAUUUUUACGUUGUAUAUUGUUUUAAUGGAUUUGUAUGUUUGAGUUACUUUUGUUGCCGAUAGUUGCGAUGACUACAACCAGACCGUAGUGACUAUGAUUCUUAUUUUGAUUACCAUAAAGCUCAUUGUCAUAAGGAUUUUAACUUGUAGUCCUCCCAAGUUCGUCAACAAAAGCGUUUAUGAUUGAUAUAGUCCUAUUUAUGUGUAUAAUAUUAAAAUAAUGAUACUAUUAUGUAUAUGUAAAUACACAUUAUGAUGUAUAUUAUUAUUAUAUUAUGCAAUUGUUAUAUUUUGUUUUAUGAAAGCUAAAAGUCUGACUUUAACUUGUUGCACGUCAGUAGUUUCAGAUGUGGGGUCUGAGACGUAGUUUAAAUGAACAAAUAGUGUAUUGUACAAUCGCAAUCGUAGAUUUAGCUAUGUGUCGACAGCGCGGCUUUUCGGGGAUAUAAUAAAAUACAACAUUCCGUUAAAAUCUUAAAUUCAUUUUCGGCUUAUUCUCAUUAGUGUUGUAUAAUUUACUUUUGGGUGUUUAUUUGUUGCGUGUAUUAAAUUUGCGUAUAAGUAUGUGAUGUAUUUAGUUAGUCCUUCCUCGGUCCCUGUGUCCUAGUUCCUAUCCUGAGUCCUGUCUAGUCCUGAUCCUUGUCAUGUGCCAACGAAGCCCAGAUCAAAUGCAGUUGAAUUAGUCUGUGGUCGCCCCGGGGCGCCGCCGCACUCUUGCCGCGAGUCGGGCCGGGGGCGACCCUCCAAGUACACAUCUGUUAUCAUAUCAGUAGCAGAAACAGUCAACCUAAAUAAUGCACUCCGCAGUUCUCAAGACACGGUUCAGAUAUAUUUAUACUUUUUAAGUGAAAUCCAUUUAUAUGAAUAUUACGGGUGACCUCGUAAUUUACUUUUAAGGUUAGUAGAUUUUAUCGAGAUGAUUCUUUUUUAUGUAGUAUUUUGUUUUUUCUAAAAAAAAGAAACCGUGAUAAUAGUUUAUAAAAUGAUGUAUGUGUGAAUGCGGGGGUUCGUAGGGCACUCCUUUCCUCGGCGCGUAUUUGAAUAUUAAAUAUUAUAGUUGUAUUUUGGGGACAAACAUUGUGAUAUAGGUUGUUGCAAUGCAUACAUUUUAUUAUGUUGGUAAUUAUCUAUCUAUGCUAUAUUUAGUAUAUCUUCUCAUUAUAAUAUGUAUUAGGUGUACAUAUUUAUAUUUAUGUUAGAUUAUUUUGGAGUAAAGUCACUUCGUGGAAACAUAUUGGGAGGUAAACGAGGCUAGUCUAAAUAAGUAUGGAUUGAGAACUAAAUCCAGCCACCCGUUAGUUAAUUAACAUUGCAACUAACAAAUUUAUUCCGAGCUUAAAUAAAUAAUUAAAAAACAACCGUAGGUACAAAGACAAAUUUUAAUAUAGUUUUUCGACGAAGUGAUUAAUUUUACUUAUACCUACCAUACGCUAUGUAAGUACCUACUAUUAUAAUUUAUUUAAAAUUAUUUUUCAACGUAAAGUAUCUAUGAUAAUAAUCUAUCUCAUGAAAUCAUUCAUCAACUUUUACUUAGAAUCUUUUAAAAAGAUAACCAUAAAACUGUUUCAAUCCUAAUUUGUUUGUGUUCAGUCAAAUAUAAAAAAUAUAGAUGUUUUUGUAGGAUUCGAUUGUUUGUGAUGAUUGUAUUAGAAACUAAUUAAGUAACUACACCAUUAUUGUAGACCGAGCGUCAAAACCGCAACCAACUAAGUAAUGUAAUCAUAAAAAAACUUGGUACUAAAUUUACAGUGAUGUACGGUUUUGUCUCUGGAUCUACGUUUUCAUAUCAAGUUUUACAAAGUGAGUACAAAUUUGUACAAUCUUUUAUUUACUGUUUUUCUAAUUAAUACCAUUUUGAUAAUAAACUCAUAAAAAUACAUAAACAAAUUGGUAAUUUGUGCUCACUUUGUAUGAACGAAACAAAAUCUGUUGUUUUACCCACAUGAAAUUAGAUAUAAAAUAUUGCUACCGAUUACCAUUCAGUUUUGUUAGACUCACUUCUGACGGAUUUACCAUACAUUUCGUUAAUAAAGCACUCAUUGUUCGAAUA